AUGGCAGUGAAGGGUUGGAUCUCCGUGCUUCUCGGGCUGCGUGGCGUUUUUGGUAUGCAGCGGAUGACGAGCGUGCCAAACGGCAGUGCCGUGAGCGAUGAGGAAGCGGCGGGGGGGCUGAACCGCAUCAGCAGCAACAGCAGCAACGGCGCUGCUUGCCAAGUGACGAUGUAUCAGCACGGCUGUUUCUCCGGCUUCUCUGCCACAUACGGGGUCGGUUCGCAUAGUUGGGUUGGCAGCAGCCAUAACGACCAGUAUUCAGCUAUGUACAUUUCGACGGACGCUUGUCGCGUGGUUAUCUACCAGCACUCCUCUUUUGGCGGCUGGUCAUGCUCCUACACGGGUGCUGGUUGUCAUGGAGUGUGUUACAACGACCAAGUGAGUUCAUUGAAAGUGUAUGACGACUCGACGCCAUCUCCGACGCCGUACCCGACGCCGUUCCCGACGCCGUACCCGACGCCGUACCCGACGCCGUACCCGACGCCGUACCCGACGCCGUACCCGACGCCGUACCCGACGCCGUACCCGACUCCGAGCCCGACGCCGAACCCGACGCCGAACCCGACGCCGAGCCCGACGCCGAACCCGACGCAGUACCCGACGCCGUACCCAACGGCCUUCCCGACGGCGUACCCGACGGCCUUCCCGACGCCAUACCCGACGGCCUUCCCUACGGCGUACCCGACGCCGUACCCGACGCCGUACCCCACGGCGUUCCCGACGCCGUACCCGACGGCCUUCCCGACGCCAUACCCGACGGCCUACCCGACGGCGUACCCGACGGCCUUCCCGACGCCAUACCCGACGGCCUUCCCGACGCCCUUCCCGACGCCGAGCCCGACUCCCAGCCCGACGUAUCCUCUGGGUUGGCCGACGCCACAUCCGACGUUUUCCCCUGGAGCUCCCGUGGCGGGCGGAGCCGCCGGAGUUGCGGCUGCCACUGGCGACCCUCACCUUCAAAACGUUCAUGGCGAACGGUUCGACUUGAUGAAGGCGGGCACGCACGUUCUCAUACACAUCCCUCGUGGAAUGAGCACUGAGGACGCAUUGCUUCGGGUGCAGGCCGAUGCGCGUCGAUUGGGUGGACAUUGCGAAGAUAUGUACUUCCAACAAGUGAACGUCACAGGUUCUUGGGCCGAGGCCAAGCGCGCUGGAGGGUACCAUUACGACGUGUCGCAAAGUGAAGACGAGACUCCGCAGUGGGCUGCGUUUGGUCCGGUUCAGGUAAAAGUCGUUCGUGGACGUACGGGCAGUGGAUUCUUGUACCUCAAUGUGUACGUGAAGCAUUUAGGGCGAGCAGGGUUUGCCGUCGGAGGACUGCUGGGGGAAGACGACCACGAGAACGUCAUGAUUCCCCCAGCUGCUUGUACUCAGCAUACGUCUCUGCUGGAAAAUCGGACGAGCGCCGAGGCUGCUGGCUCGUCAUCGUCAGUUGCACUGGCAACUCUCAGUUGA